CGAUGCCUUUUUUCCAAACUUUGUUUGAAGAUGUCGGCACAAGAUGGAUCAGCUAGUAAACAAAUCCCUCUGGCACAACGAAUCCUUGCUCUACAAGCACGUAAUAAGCGGCAGCUUCAUAUGUGUGAAGUCAGUCGCACAUCACAAAGUGAGGGAAAUAAGGAAAACAGCUAUCUUUCGUCCUCAAUGACCAGACAAAACAAAACAGCUCCAGCUGGAGAAAUGUUUGACUUGAGCAAAAUGAAUGAUAGUCUAGGAGCUGUACGACAUAACUUGAGCACUCAGGCUUCUGAGGAGCCUCGUCAUCACAAAAGCGCACAACGAGUAAUCAAGGAUCGUCAUCUAGUCACGCCAAAAACUCCGAAGUUGUCAGCCAUUCCAGAGAAAGCUCAUGCGAAAGACAGGAUCUCUCGACUGGACAACAUAGGACUGAAAUCACCCGCCGAUAACCUUAUCAAGACAAGAAGUAAAAGUGCUGGCACAAAAUCUCCGAGUUCGCUUUGCGCAGAAACUCCGCGCUCGAUGGGCGGAUUGCGACCAUCCUCUUCCACUUCUUCGCUGAACAAUAAAGUUAUGAUCAUCAACAAUCACAGUUAUAUCUGGCUAAAUGUUCUAGGAAAAGGAGGCAGUAGUAGGGUGUAUGAAGUCUUCGACGAAGCUCGCAGUGAAGUUUGUGCUCUGAAAGUUGUUGAUCUAGGAGACGAUCCUGUUGUGCGGGACUGUUAUCUGAACGAAAUAGAGCUUUUAAAUAGCUUACAAGGAAGUCCAUAUGUGAUAAAAAUGAUUGAAUACGAAUUGCGCGAGUGCGAAAAUACUCUAUAUGUAGUCAUGGAAAAGGGCGAUAUCGACUUGGCAACAUUUCUAAAAACUCGUCGCUCUGAGAUAGAUUCUAACUUUGUAAGAUAUCACUGGAAUGAGAUGCUUCGCUGCGUGAAGGUCAUUCACGAUAGAAAGAUCGUUCAUUCGGACCUGAAACCAGCCAAUUUCUUGUUAGUGAAGGGAAGACUUAAGCUUAUCGAUUUUGGUAUCGCUGCUGGUAUACCAAAUGAUAUGACAGCUGCUAUCAAAGAGAGCCAGAUGGGUACACUAAGCUAUAUGGCACCAGAGGUUCUGCAAGGAGAAGGUUGCGACGGGAAAUAUAAGAUUCCCUUAAAAGCGGACGUGUGGUCCUUGGGAUGUAUUCUCUACAACAUUGUAUACGGGCAUUUACCAUUUCCAAUGAAGAGCCAGGCCGCAAAGAUGGCUGCAAUCGUUAGUCCAGAAUAUGUGAUCGAUUUUCCUGAUUGUCAUGAACCACGUCUGGUCGAUGUUAUGAAGCGUUGUCUUGUACGGGAUGUACACGAUAGGGCGGAUGUCAACGAACUUCUGGAACAUCCUUAUCUGACGGGUUCGUCUUCACGAGCUGCAUCUCCGGACUCAAGCCUUAGCGGUCCACCGUUAGAUUUUCUUGCGAUUGCUAAAGAGCUGCAGAACAAUACGCCAAAUACGAUGGCUCGGCGCUUGGAAGAGUUGACGAAAGGAGCGCAGUUGCAUGCAGCUGGCGAUGGCGGAGAUCCUGCUAGAAAGGUUCUUGACUUCGAUUGAGUUGCGGUGAACUGCUUAUCUGCCACCGUGUAAUUCCUUUAUUUGGUUCGUUUUAUUUUUGUCACGUGGUUAUGAUCAUUCUGUACUGCCCUACUAACGGUUAUACAUCCCACACUCUAAGCAUUCCUAAGCCUUCUUGAUCAGUCGUUAGAUCUGAGCUGAAACUUUCACAUCUCGAUGAUUCACUAUGUGCACAGCAAAACACUUAACGUUAGCUUAUCGUUGAGUUUUUUUAAUCAAAGUAAAAUGCUUGUUCAUUGUUAUAUAUCCAUGUUUUGAUGCUACUGCCUCCGCCAACAUCUCAUCCGAAGCUACUUCCUUCAAAUCUCCUCUCACUGCCUUUUCUCACAAUGCAGCUCAAACUCUUGCUUUAGCAGAUUUUUUAAUGAUCAUGAUACGGUCUAUACUCAAAAAUCACUUAUGUUCCUUGCAUAUCAUCUGUAUACUCAAUUUGCAUGUAUAAAUUUUUCAA